GUGUACAGUUGUACAAUCGGUACCACGUGACCGUUUUCCUGGCUCGCGGUUGUGGCACAAAUCGUGAUUUUCGAGGCUCUUUCUCUAUGGACUAUAACGGGGAAAAACGGACAAAGACGCAUAUUUACGAAUCUUAAAAUUGGAUGUGUUAAAUUGUUUUGUUCUGGGGGUUAUUUCGGCAAUUGAGGAGCCGCUUUCAUAGGAGCUGCCGUUUAGUUUUUACUACGGGGUUUGUUUACCACAUUUCAACUUGGUUGAGCCGUCGGAGAUGAGUGGUCCCGAGGUAGUGAAGACGCCGGGGGGUGGGGCUCCGGGGAAGGAAGGCAAGGAGCCUGUAGCAAAUGGGCAUCCAGGAGAGGGGGAUCAGGGAGGAGACGAUCCCUUUGCUGAGUACAUGUGGAUGGAGAACGAGGAUGUUUACAACAGACAGGUUGAAGAGGAGUUGUUGGAGCAGGAGUUCUUGGAGCGUUGUUUCCAGGAGAUGUUGGAUGAGGAGGACCAGGAUUGGUUCAUCCCAGCCAGGGACCUCCCCUCGGGGGUGGGUCAGAUCCAGCAGCAGCUUAAUGGCCUGUCAGUCAGCGAUGGAGGAAACGCAGAGGAGAUGGCGAGGAAGAGCAACUUGAACCCCGAUGCGAAGGAGUUCAUUCCAGGAGUGAAAUACUAGGAGUCCCCCUCACCCCCAGGGAGCGCCCACGCACACACAAGCACGAUCUCACACACCCUCGCAGAGACUCUGGCGGCCUCGUCCGGAACACACACACACACACCGAACAACACACACAGGUCCAGGGCGUGUAGGUAGAAACCCAUAGGAGGGUGGGGGGACUUUUAUUUAGAUUUUCUGUUUGUUUGAUGGUUAACUAAGGGACAGGGUGGGGGGUGUCAGUAUGAAUAAAACCCUCUCGAGGGAGCUGCUGCUCCAUGUACACUGUAAAGGUAGUGUCUCAAAUUGCACGCUAUUCCCUAUGUAGUGCACUACUUUUGACCAGGGCCCAUGGGCUUGAGUCCAUAGGGAACAGGGUACCUUUUCGGAUGCACACCGAGACGUACAUAUACAGAGUAACGAGAAACUCUGAGAUUUACCAACCUUUUUCAUGGUUGCCAUGUUGGCACCUAAAAACUCCAUGAUAUUGCAACAGGCAAAUCGCAAAUGACACCCCGUUCCACUUUCAUUGUGCACUACCUGGUCCAAAGUAGUGCACUACAUAGGAAGUAGGGUGCCAUUUUGAGAUCUGCAUUUAUACUUUUCAUGGCUGCCAUGUUUGUGCCGGAAUGUUCCACAACAUUACCAUUCUAAUUGGAAUCCAACUAAGAAUGUUCUUGUUGCUAUAGAAUGACCCGGUGCCAACAUGGAUGACAGACAGUUGUCCGUUCUAGAACUCUGUACAUCUACGUACCUCUGGUUACAAUAUGACAUCAUAAUGACUCUGUUCAAUAGGUCGUUAUCAAUAAAAUGUCACAAUACGGUGCAGAGGUUUUGAAUCGCCUGCUGAGGGGGCAAGGAGACUCCUGGCUCCACUUAAACCGUUGACAACUGCGUGUCGUUUUCAAGGGGUUGUUAAAUAAAUGUGAACUAUUUGGUUGUAAUAUCAUCUCCUCUUGAAGCCCAGAGUCAAAAAUACAAACGUCAGAUUAUUCCACAUUUGCCUUUAUCAUCAGUUCUAAAUUAACUGCAUACUUUCCGUGAUCAGUAAACAUCAAUUGAUCAUGGAAUUUCAGAUACGCGAGGGUAGCUUCACGAUAUAUCUCAAUAUUGACCACCAUUGAUUGGAUAUUUGAGUGAUCGAAAGGAGAGCUAUUACCUGACAAGUAUGAGUGGUUUAGGUUAAUUUCCCAUCAGUUGUGGGCUCUGCCUGUCAAGCAGCAGAAGGGGGCAUUUGCAGAUGUACUGUUGGUUGAUAAUGUUUACUUUGCUAGCUACUGGUAGAAACGUUGUACAGUUGGCUAAACAUAGUGGUAAGUAGACCUAAUGUACUUUUCCCCCAACCAACAUAGGCCUACCUAGUAACGUUAGCUAACAUUAUCCCCUUUACAACAUUGUUUUUAAGAGUGUUUUAAUCCCCAUUGCUGCUGACAGAUGUGAUAGAAAUUGAUGUAACACGUCAAUGUGCCUAGCUAACGGCAGAUUGCGUCAAUGUGCCUAGCUAACGGCAGAUUGCGUCAAUGUGCCUAGCUAACUUUCAGUGUAUAAACUAGAUUGCUAUAUCGAGAUAUUGUUUGAUUUGCUUGUCCUCUAGUGGAGGUGACCGUAGUCCACUUUACCAAGAUGAGGACUUGUCCAUGUCAAGCUCUUUCCACAAGCCUAAUCUCUGAUGAAGCAAGCUAAAUUAUGUUGUCUGGAAAUCGAUUUUGCUACAUGUCAAAUUAAUAGGCUACUCUCGCAUAUCAAAAAAACAUGAUCAUUUGAUGUUUAUUGACCAUGAAAGCAUGCAGUUACUUGCUGUAUAUCUCUUGACUAUGCUCUUCAAGAGUUGAUGAAAACAGUUAUUUAGCAAUCCCUAAAAAUGGCACAUAGUUGUCAAUGUUUUUAGUGGAGCUAGGGGUCUCCUUGCCCCCCUAGCAGCCAACUCGAACACUCUGCACAGGAUUGUGACGUUUUUAUUGAUAACCACCUACAGACCUGCCUAAAUUUCCUCUUAUGACAUCAUAAACAUUCUCUGUGUAGAGCGGUUUUUAUUCCUCAUGGGUCUGGUUCCAAACCAGUUACUCCUCUCUCCUAUCCCCUAACCCCUUGUGGGUGAAAAGAUUGAGGUUCUAGCCCCCAUAUCAGAACCUGGAUCUGAAAGGUAGGUCUUGUAUGGUGAGCAUUUGAACCGUUUUGAUGGUUGUAAGUGAACAAGGGUGUAGGGGUUUGGGUAUUUUAGAGUUUGGAACAAGGCUGUUCUCUCUGGCUUGCAUCUCAAAUGGCACCCUGUUCCCCGUACAGUGUUCUACUUUUAACCAGAACCCUACGGGCUCAGGUCAAAAGUAGUGCACUAAAUAAGGAACAGGGUCCCGUUUGGGACGCGGCCUCUCAGUACUGAAAGAAUGGAAGCAUCAUGUUGAACUCUUGUUGGUUCAAUCGUGUUUAUAUAAACACCUGAUCAGGCUCUGUUUUAAAAUUUAAAUCUCAUUUAUUUUGUCUCUCGAGGAGCAAAGUUGUUUUGUCUCUCUUGGGUUGCCGUAGCCUGUGGUCAAAACGGGAAUUGGAAAUGAAUUCCAAAAUGGCACCCAUAUUCCUUCGUAUAGUGCCCUACUUUUGAUCAGGGCCCAUGGGGCUCCCAGUGCUAGUGCACCACAUGGGCAAUAGGGUGCCAUUUUGGCGUUCAUACUUGUCUGUCUUUAGCUCAGUGUCUAGGGGAGGUUCAAAUGAAUGGGCGGGACUUGAGGUCAAGUUGACUAAUCACAGGCCACGUGCACGCUGGGUCAACCAAUAAGAAUUGUCCGCCGAGUGGAUUUACAUAAAUCAUUUUCUUUUUUGUGAUUUUUGAGUUGGAAAGUCCUGACAACACAAAGUAUGAAUUUCAAUACAAAAAAAAAAGAUUAAUAAAGAUGAAAAAAUGCA